AUGUUCUCUUUACCUUUCUUCCAGCUCCUUCCGUUGUUUCCUGCGAUACCCAAUGCAGUCUUUGCUCAAAUGGAAGGUUGGUUUUUCUUCGCUUUAUUGACAGUGGAGUUAAAUUUCAAGGAAAUAACCUUUUUUACUUCGUAUGAAUUAGUGGGAAAUCUAUGAAGAGGCCAGUUCAGGGAAGAUGGAGGCAAACAUGUUUUCCUCAUCAUAACGAUAUGCAUGUUAAACAAUGCCCGCGGAUAGCAUUUUGUCACUAAGUAACAUGGCUCUUUUCGGUUUCGCUUGGUUAAUUACUUUAAAAAUCGCUGAAAAUUGUGGCCGGCAUGUUAGAGAAAUGUAUGACAGCUCCUAAAGUUGUGUUGGGGAGAGAGUUUAAACAACUAGGACAAAAACGAAUACUAGUUUUGCGCUCUUUUAAACUCUAUCGCGUUUAUAAAGUAAAGUUUUUAUCACGAUACUUUAUUUAGUUUCGGUCAACUUGUUAAACUCUGAUGUACCCUGUAAAUUUUCCUGGAUUUGAAUUCUUAGGGACCAAGAGCCAUAAUUGUCCCAGUUUUGGCAUGACAUUAAAAGUCAUAAUUAAACACCUGUAGUGAAUUGUCAGAAAAAUCUCCAAUUUCACGAAGAUGAUAAUUCCCCGUUUUUCUUCUCCUGACCUCUAGGCUUUACUUUCAGCUAAGUUGUUGCAAUUCCAGUUCACUUAACGCGUUCAAUUUUAAAAGCCAUUCAUAAAGUCAGGAACUCCCUAAAUGAAGAGAUAUCUCAUACGCAAGACCCUGCAUGCAUUCUAAAAGGGUAAAUUUCAAAACCAUUCUUUCUUUGAUCAAUGAUUCUUCAGAAUUCACCACCAUGUAUCAUCACAGCCUUCGUCAAGAUGUUUUUAUAAAGGAAGAGUACCAUUAUUUAAACGUUCCUAAAGUUGGAACAUUCACAGUGUAUGACAGCCUUGACUGCACCUUUGAAUGCCUCGGCAAUCCUUCCUGUUUGUCCUUCAACCUGGCAGCUUACAAAGGAGCAGAUGGAAAGUUGUGGUGUGAGUUGUUAUCCUCAGAAAAGUACAGCAAUCCUGAGGAGUAUAAAAGGAACGAGAGUUUUCAUCACUUUUCCAUCAAGGUGGGGUAAAUUCUUUGCAUAGAGUUUAUUAAAGUAAGAUACUUUUUAUAUCCCAGUCUAUGCGAUUUUAAUUUUUAAUAACCUGUGGCGAACACGAGUCGGCGUAAAAGUGACUACUGAACGAUAACACGUCAGGGUUAUUCAGUCGAAUGUCACUUUCUCCUUUUUUCUUACUUCCGCAAUCAACACUUUUACGCAAAACAAAAUUACCUUUAUGUGGCAUUUGACAUCUACCCUUUUUUUAAUUAUUUCAGACUCCAUGUAUGUCAUCGCCAUGUCAGGACGGAGGCACCUGCGUAGCGAACUACAAGUAUCACUCGUUUGAGUGCCGUUGCAAAGAAGGUUUUUAUGGUGAAUUUUGCGAAAAAGGUAAUUGAUAUUCAGACAGGGGCCCCCGUUCAAGUUAGGACCACUAAACUUAGCGGCUUUACCUAAAGAUUAUCUGGGAACGUGUGCGUCAACAUUGAUGUCACCAUGGCAACCGAGUUUAGACAGGCAUGUUUUCCAAAAUUUGUAUUUUCUCUAAUAAAAUAGGUUUUAUUUCUUUUUUUUUUAUUGAUUAAAUUAUUACGUUAUCUACUUCUUUUUUUUCAGUUGCCAAGUCAUGCCAAGACGUUUAUAAUCGGCUCACAGAAAAGUGAGUAAACCUAUGCAUAGUAAUUUAAUUAAGGAGGAUAGAUCAGUUAAAGUCUAGGGGAUCAUUCGGGGUACGUCAGUACUGUGUUUAUGAGCCACAAAAAAAGCCAAAAAAAUCAGUCGUCAAGCCUCAAAAACGGAAUACAAUUUGUGUUGCAGAGAGUGUCGAUAUCGCUUAAUUGUUAGAAUCUCGUAUCGUGGCCGAUGGACUCUAUUUCAGCCUUGUUCUCCACUCCGGAAACUUAAGGUUAUUAGAGACCUAACUCGUAAAAACUGUUGCAUUUUUUAAACAAAUGAUUGGUGCUGUUCGGAUAACAAAAACUAUAAACUGUGAAAACCCCCAUCCACUGAAGGCCCUCCAGCAAAAAAAGUUGUUGAUGAAAUGCAGUGGAACCCCGCCAUUUCGCUUGAUACGAACACCCGUAUAAAACGAAUGGUUCGUUUGUACAGACAAAAAGUUCAGACAUUUUAGCGCUCAUAAGUUAACCUGGUUAAUACGGAAAACGAAUACUUCUCUGUGUCCCGAGUCACAAACUGUCAUAUAAUAAUUAUCGUAAACUCCCCCAGGAGAAGCUUUAUACGGGGAAACUCAGCCCUGAGGUCUAACUCCUUACCUUUUACGUUUAGCGUAUCAUUUUUGCACAAAAGGUACUCCUUUCGUAUACCAUUCCAUUCAUCUCUAAUAGUUGAGGGUUCGAGUGGCUUGUUGCAGGCAUUUUAUUCCCAGAGGGUACUCAACGAAGUUUUUUACGGGGAGGCCCUUCCCCGAUUUCCAUUUCCUUACCUUUCCACAUACCAUUUUUGCCAGAAAAGGUUCUCCUGUCGUAUACCAAACCAUCCCUCUUUGCGGUUGACGGGUGUAGUGGCUUGUUGCAGGCAUUUUAAAAUGAGCUCAGACCAUACAAGGGUCAAUGGGAAGAAAGACUGCGUUAUCAAGAUCAAACUUGUCACGCUAAAAAUCGUAAAUAAAAUUUAAAAAAUCGUAAAAUAAAAUCGUAAAAUCGUAUUGACCCCCAGAAAUCUGUAAUUAUUUGAAUUGUAAUUCAUUGUAUGCAGUUAGUAAAUGAUUGUGACAAGGAAAUAGGAAGUGCGCAGCAAGGUAUAGCCAGUGGUCACCAGUGUCCAUAAAGCGUUAUUGACGACAUGAGAUUUUCUGACUUGGGAACACACAAAAGUGUCCGUUUUCCGUAUUAACCGUUGUCCGUAUUAAACGGGUUGGAGAAAAUACGUGAGCAUCAAUAAACAUGCAAAACUACUGAAUAUCUGUGUAACAUGUUCUGAGUAGUUGUCAAAAACAACUAAUCCAAGUUUUAUAGGUAGCUCGCGGGUAAAAUAGGGGUCCUUUGACUUCAGAUGAGAAAAACAUCAUGCGCACCAUUUUCGCGGUUUUUCGGUCGCCCCUUUCCCCUUCCUUCUGAACAUCUGCUACGCUGUUUAGCCAUCUUCGAUGUCCGAAUUUAAUUCCUACUGAACACUUUAUUCAAAUACACUUUAUUAAAGUUAGUUGAAGAGCAGCGCAGCUUGGUAUCAUCAUAAAGCAAAAAUGAAUAUCAACCUGUGCUGGAGAUGAAAUUAUAUCAGUCUAAAGUACAUUAUCGUGUACUAACUCCCACUAACAUAUGGGGAACCUGAAGAAUUUAGAUUUGACUGAGACUCUACUGAAUUCAAUUCAUUUAUUUUUGUAAAAGCUGGAAAAAUUAAAAUGAGAUUUCAUUUUGUUCAGGUUCAACGUGACUCAAUUGGUAACGCUCCUCCUUGACUCCAAACUAGUUUCAGUUCUCUGUCACUUUGGAAAUUUCGGAUGCGGAGAUGGAGGAUGGACACCGGUCAUGAAGAUGGACGGCAACAAGGUAAUACAUUUGUGUACGUUUUCCCUUAGUUUGGCGACGAGAGUGGAAAAAAUGUGUUUUAAAUAAUUAAAUACAGGUUUGCCUCUGUCGGCGGUAAUUUUCAAUUAUCCUAGCUUGCGAAUACAGCCGUUUCUCCCUGCUCCUCAUCGCUAGGAACGUUUCAUCAGGAGGAAAGUCUGCACUUCAGCGACAGAGAUUCCAUACUAAUGACGUAAAAUUGCAAAUUUUCUGGGGGAGUAUAAACCCAGACUCCGAGUUUGAAGCGCCUUGGGCGCUCUAACUUUUCUUCUCGUGCGUGCAUGCUAAGUCCCUGGAUCUGAAAGAUUUGAGUAUUAAGAACACCUUUAAGCUUCUGGAAUAUCUCGGUCAGUACCAGAGGUCAUCCGCCCUUUCUGUCAGACGAUGUCAAGGUUUUCAUCAAAACACAGAAGCCUGUGGUCUCUGUACUUGCCAAUACGCGAGAGUUAAAGAUAAUUAUUUUCAAUUCGGCCUUCAUUUCAAUCGCAUCAAUGAUUAAAGAGUGCAGUAUUUGUUUACUUUGUAUUCUAUCGGUGACCAUUCAACGCCAUUUCGCCAGCUGUGGCUAAUUUCAUUUUAUAAAGCUGGAGAAGCAAGGACGUUGCUUAUGUUUUUUUUAUUGUAAUGGAUCUUUCAUUGCAAAAUCUUUUUUUCUUCUUCUCCGGUAAGGAUGUUGUCUUUAGAAGGAAAAAGAAACCUUAAUUUUAACUUUUCUUUUUAAAGGACAUAUUUCCUAUUUCUUCCCCCUUUCUACCAUAGCAAACAUUUUAUUACGAAACAGCCUUUUGGAGCAACAAAGAAACCUUUAACCUUGACGGAGGGAAGACUGGGUUUGACUCACAAGAGACUAAACUGCCCUCCUACUGGAACACAUCCUUCUCCAAGAUCUGCCUCGGUAUGAAGAUCAACAACCAGAUCAGGUUUAUUGUCAUCAACAAGCAGGCGAACUCCUUGUACUCUCUGAUCGCUGAUGGGCAAUACCGCUACACCUCAUUGGGUCGUGACACGUGGAAGUCACUGAUUGGUUCUGAGGCCUCCUUGCAGCUCAACUGUAACAAGGAAGGAUUUAAUGCAGCUGUUAGUGAUAGUCCUGAUUAUUCCAAAGCAAGAAUCGGUAUCAUUGGUAACUACGAAAACGAUUGCAGAACUUGUGACUCUAGAAUUGGAUUUGGUACUGGAGGAUAUCCUGAUAAUAACAGCUCAUGUGGAAACGAGGCUAAACAUUUUCCAGAUAAUGCCGAAAAGCAUAUUAAGACAAUGGGAUAUAUUUUGGUGCAGUAA